GCGACCCAACCUUUAACUUUUUUAUAAAUGGACAGUUUGUUGUAAAGCUCUCAUCCCAUCAGUUUCAAACAUAAAGAUAGCUCAUCACUAGCCUAGUUUCAGCAUCAAGGUUGGAGAACUUCCUGACUCCUGAGCUAAUGGAAACUGAUAAUGUUGAAGCAGCCAGUGAAUUGUUCAAAGCACAGGUUCACAUCUACAAACAUGCAUUCGCUUAUGCAAAUUCCAUGGCCUUGAAUUGUGCCAUUCAACUAGGCAUACCAGAUAUUGUACAUAACCACAAAAAACCAAUCACUCUUCCUGAACUUGUUUCGGCACUCAAACUUCCCUCAUCAAAAUCAAUUGGCAUUCAUCGGCUAAUGUGCCUGUUGGUGCACUCUGGAUUCUUUGCUACAGCAAAGAUCGACGAAAACUCAGAGACAGAUGGAUAUAUUUUGACAACUCCUUCAAGGCUGCUUCUUAAGACUGAAUUCCCAAACUUGUCACCUUGCGUUAGAGUAAUGAUUGAUCCUAUCGUUGUCACUCCUUGGCAACUAAUGCUUGAAUGGUUUCACAAUAAGAAUGAAGAGGCCACAGCAUUUGAGACAGCCCAUGGGGUACCUAUGUGGGAAUUUUGUGCACAAAAUCCAAGAUUCGACAAAGAUUUCAAUGAAGGAACGGCUAGUGAUUCCCAAAUGAUGAGAUUAGUUGUCAAGGAUUGUAAAGAAGUUUUUGAGGGGAUGAACUCAUUGGUUGAUGUUGGAGGGGGCAUUGGGAUUAUAGCUAAGACAAUCUUGGAGGUUUUUCCUCACUUGAAAUGCACUGUUCUUGAUCUUCCUUAUGUUGUUGCCAACAUGCCACAAAGUGAGAAUUUAAGCUAUGUUGGAGGGGAUAUGUUUCAAUCUAUUCCUCACGCUGAUGCCAUUUUGUUUAAGAAUAUAUUGCAUAGCUGGAGCGAUGAGGAUUGUGUCAAGGUUCUGAAGAAAUGCAGAGAAGCUAUUGCAGAAAACUUUGAAGAGGGGAGAAAAGGGAAGAAGGUCCUUAUCAUUGACAUAGUAUUAGACACAAACGAAGAUGAACCAGACAUGACUCAAGUAAAGCUCAUGAAAGACAUGUUGAUGGUAAUGUUUUUCACUGGAAAAGAAAGGACUGAGAAAGAAUGGGAAAAACUAUUCCUUAAAGCUGGCUUUACACGUUACAAUAUUAGACCAAUCUUUGGCCUUAGGUCUCUUAUUGAAGUUUUCCCUUGAAUAUAUAUAUGGGGUUUUCUGUUUCUUAAUUAAGAGAGAUGAUGUUCAUGUUGUGCUCUGAUAAAUAAAUAAUGACUUCCCUGCUUACAUAUAUAAUAAUAAUGGGGCCAUUUCUCUGUUUUCUUAAGCACUGUGCAGUAUCCUAUUUGUAAUUCCUCUGAGAGAACCAUCAAAUUUCAAGAGACAAAGAAUAAAAGUUUUUCA